AUGCCUCGGGGCAACAAGAGCAAGAGCCGCUCCAGAGCCAAAAGGCAGCAGACUCGGGGAGAGAGGCAGAAUCUCCAGGGUGCUCAGCCGGCUGAAGAAGAGGAAGCAACAUCCCCUACUCUUGGCCAGGGAGAUGCCCCCAGCUUCCCUGAUGUCAGCACUCCUCAAGAGUCCCAGGAGGCCCUGUCCCAUGGCUCUCCUAAGUUAGAUGUGUCCCAAUCAGUUUCCGAUGUUGGUGGUGCUGAGGGUUCUGUUUCAGGUUUUGAUGCCAGGCGUCCAAAUGUCUGCAUUAUAGCAGAAGCCAUCCAGUCUAUACACAGAGAUCCUAUUGCCAGGAAGGCCAGCAAGGUACUUCAUUACUUCCUGGAGAAGUACCAGAAGGAUGAGCAACCUAAGGAGGAAGAGAUGCUGAAGCUGAUCAGCAAGAAGUACAAGGUGCAUUUCCCCUCCAUCCUGGAGAAAGCCACCUAUCAGCUGGAGGUGGUCUAUGGUCUGGAGUUGAAGGUUGACCCACAUAACUCUCAGUCCUAUGUUCUUGUUAGCAAGCUGCCCAUCCCGCGUAGGGCAAAUCAGGGUGGCAGGAAAGAGUUACCAAAGACAGGUCUCACACUGACCCUCCUGGGUAUGAUUAUGAUGAAAGGCGGCCGUGCCACAGAGGAAGAGGUCUGGGAAUUCCUCCAAAUGCAGGGGCUAUAUCCUGGGAGGAGGCACUUAAUCUUUGGGGAGCCCCGUAAGUUCCUCACCAUAGAACUAGUUGAGCAAAAUUACGUGGAAUACCGCCGGGUGACUGGUAGUGAUCCCCCACGCUAUGAGUUCCUGUGGGGUCCCAGGGCCCGCAAUGAAGCCACCAGGACAAAAGUCCUGGAUGUUUUAAAUAAGAUAAGAAAUGCCAUGCCUGGUUUCUACCCUCAACAGUAUGAGGAGGCUCUGAGUAACUAUGCUGAGAGAGCGGCGAGUAGAGGUGAGGCUUCUCAUUCCCCCCAUGCCCAAGCUAGCAGUUCCUCCCACACUUAG